UAUUUUCAACACAACCAAUGCCGUAAUCAAUGUGACGAUGAUACAUCGUUGUUCAAAUGGAAUGUUGAUGUUGUUGAUAAUGACGGUGUUUGUAGACAUCUAAUAGUUCUUUUUUUUCACAUGUUUGAUCCAAAAGAAUAUCAUUGUUUUCUGAUAUUAUUUCUGCAAAUUAUAAAUAAUUAUGUUUGUUAUUUUGUAAAAAUUUCAUCGAAAAUUUUAACAUUAUUAGUGAAUUCACAUCAAUUUGUUAAGUGUAUGAUUUUUAUUUUUUUAAUCAUUAACAAUUUUUCAUCAGUAGCAUUUGCUCAAUUCACCAAUGGUGCUCAUAGUAAUUAUUACAAUCAUCAUAAUAAUAAGAUCGAUCGUUUUCGUUCAUUGAUUUCAUCAUCAUCAUCAUCAUCCUUUAAUACUUUAAAUUCUGAUUAUAUGAACGAUUUAUUUCCACAAAAUAGUGAUCAAUUUGAUAAUGAUAAAAAUAAUGAUGAAGACGAUGAUGAUCAAACAGCAUAUCCAACCAUACGAGCUUUAUUGGGAAAAAGUGUUGGACUUCCGUGUAAUAUUUCACAAUCGAUAAGAGAAGGAAAUUCUAUCAAACUAGUAUUAUGGUAUAAAAAUAAUGUACUUGGAUCACCAAUCUAUAGUGUUGAUGCUCGUGAUACACAAAAUUUUAGCUUAGCUCGACAUUUUAUUGCCUCUUCUUAUCAACAACGUGCAUCAUAUGAAAUGAAUUUGGCCACACGAACAGCAUCGUUGAUUAUCAAUCCGGUUGAAGAUAGUGAUGAUGGCCAUUAUAUAUGUCGUGUUGAUUAUCGUUGGACACGUACAACAAUCAGUAAUGUGCGGUUAGAAGUUAUCGUUCCACCAUUUAUGAUACAGAUAGUGCAAAGUUAUCAAUAUCAACCAGAACCAAUAUCGAUGAUGUCAACAAAAAAAAUGGGCGUUGGUCAACAUGGAAUAUAUUUUCCAAUGAAAAAAAUAAAUAUUACAAUUGAUUCGAAACAAAAAAGUUUCGAAAGAAACUUUCAUUAUAGUAUUAGAUCUACAAUGCCAUUCACAUCAUCUAUUGACAGCAAUGAUUCACCAACACUAUCAUCAACAUCAACAAAACAAUCCAAUAAUGGUGUAAAUUCUGGUGUACCAACAUCAUCAACAAUGAUAAAUGAUGUGACCACCAUACGACAGCCAGAAUCGAGCACCUUAACGCUUAGCUGUGAUUCGAUCGGAGGCAAACCAAUGUCAAUGAUAAAAUGGUAUCGUUUGACACAAUUUGAGAAUGCCAAUCUAACCGAUGCUCAACUUUACACGCUCUUACAAUCAUCCGAAGAAAAAAGUAUGCAACUAAUCGAUGAUAGUUACUAUCCAAUGUUGUUGGCGUCAUUGCCAUCAAACAUACCUAGAUUAUUGUUUACCAAUAAUCUAAAUUUUACGUCAAAAAAUUCUGCUGUAGUGUCUCCAAAUAUUGGUACUGCUUCUGCUGAAAUGAUAAUGCAAAACAAAAUGAAUAAAAAUCUAAUUCGAUUAAAUCAUUCAACAACAACAACAAAAACGAAAGAUUCGGCCAAAAUAAAUAUGGAACAAUCGGGUUUCGAAAACAUUAGCAAUGGUAUGAUGAAAAUUCCUAUAGUCCGUAAUGAGCUUCAUAUUGGCAAAAUUUCAAUCGACAAUCAUGGCCAACUAUAUCUUUGUAAGACGAUCAAUACAAAUCUUACUCGAUCUAUUGAUAUUAUUGUUCGAUUGGAAGUGUUUGCUGGUCCAAAAACGAUUCAAAUUGAACAACGAUUGCCAACACAGGAUGGACAUUUUCAUGGUGUUAAUAAUGAUGAUUCAGAUAGUCAUCCGGAUAUGACUAUCAGUAAUAAUAAUCGUACAUGGCAUUCAAUCGAGCUACUCGAUCAUUAUCUACAUCGUCAUGGUUCGUCGACGGGAUCAAUGAAGAUAGCCUCAUCAUCAUCAUCAUCAACAGAAGCAGCAUCAUUUUCUUCAGCAUCAAUAACAAAUAAUAAUCACUGGACACACGCAAAAAAAUCAUUUCGUUUACGUUCUGGUUAUGAAUUUGAUUUUACAUGCCAAACAAAUGGAUCAUUACCUGAUUCUCAAAUAUUCUGGUAUUUACGAGAUAUAAAUACAAAUCGUCUACGUAAUAUUACCGAAUUCAGUAACAUGUACCAAAAUGGUCAUAAUACAUUGAGCUAUCUACGUAUAGUGCCUCAAUACACUGAUAACAAAGCCAACUUGAUCUGCCAAGCAUACAAUCCAUCCAUGUUACAGGAAUUGAUAUUAAGCUUAAAACUAUGGUUAAAUUAUACUACAAAUGUCGAAUCAUCAUUGUCAUCAAUAUCAAAGCAAAUAGAAUCGUCCAGUAAUCAACCAAAUUUUUCAUUAACAAAAUCAUCAUCCUUAUUGCCUUUAAUUUCAUCAUCAUCAUCUUCUUCUUCUUCAUCAGAAAAUGAUGACAGCCUAUUGAAUCAAGACUAUUUAAAUUCCAUUAUAACAAAUCUAAUGAUGCACGAUGAAGAUGAAGAUGAACAACAACAACAACAAUAUUUUCAUCAUCAUCAACAAGAUGAACAACAACCAAACAAAAAUCUUUUUAAACAACUAUCAUACUACUUGAAACAUUAUCCAUUUCAACUUUUUACUUCCGUUUAUCUUGAUGUUAAUUACAAACCAAUCGUAUUGAUCAAAGUUUUGAGCGGCGAACAAAUGUAUCAUGAAGUAUCAUCAUCCAAUUCAAACAUAAAUAAUGAUUAUAUCUCGAAUCGAUCAAAUGCAUCCGUAUUUUCUCAAACUGAUAAUAGCAAAGAUAAUCAUCAAAAAUAUUCAAAUCUUAAUAAUAAUAACAAAAAUAAUAAUCAACAAGCAACAACAACAACAACUGCUACAUCAUCUACAAUGGAACAUUAUUAUCGAUUCAUUGAAAUGUCUGAAAUAUUUUUCAAUUGUACAAUAAAUUCAAAUCCAGAAUCAUAUCUCAUUGAAUGGUUUAUGAAUAAAAAAUUGAUUUAUACCGAUAUUCCAAAAGGCAUCAUCAUAACGAAUACAAAUCGUACAUUGAUUAUAUCACCAUCACAACGGCGAUCAUCAGGAAUAUAUCAUUGUUCAGCGACAAAUAUUCUUGGCAAAACUGUCAGCGAUCGAGUUCAAAUCGACAUUCUUUUUAAGCCUCAAUGUCAAGUUGAAUUUGUUCAGACCUACUAUCAACAUCUAGAUGACUAUGUUCAACUUAAAUGUCAUAUCAUAGCGAAUCCAAGUGAAGAUGUACAAUUCACAUGGAGAUUCAAUGAUACUGUUUUUAUUGGUGAUAUUAAUAGUGCCUAUACUUCAUCAUCAUCGUCGAGUGAAUCUUUUGUUGAUCAUGUUCAAGAUAUAUCUUCUUCUUCAUCGAUUGAAGAUGUCAUCGAUCAAGAAUUUAUAAUUCAAGAUAGAAACAAAAUCAACAACGACAAACAAAAUGAUAAUCAUAGCUGGAAAACAAGGCGAAUAUUACCGCGACCAAAAUCUACAUCAAUACAUACAACUAUUGAUCAUCAACAUUUGGUAACAAAUGUUAUACGAAUACAUUUGAAAAAAUGGUCAAGUUUUGGUCAAUUUACAUGUACAGCUAAGAAUUCUAUUGGUAUUCAAAGUGAACCAUGUCGUUGGCAAUUAAUACCACAUCAUUAUCAUACACAUUAUCGUAAUAGUUAUGAAUCAUCAAUGAAUAAUAUUCAUAGUAAUCGUCAUCAAUAUCACCAUCAUCAACAGCAACAACAAAAAUCACAAUCAUUGAUGCAGCAAUUUUCAUCAUCAUCAUCAUCAUCAUCAUCAUCUCGAUUGCCGAAUCAAUUGAAUAAUUGUCAUAUAAUUGAAUCAUCGAAUGCUGUUGUUAUCAAAUGUUCAAAUGGUGUCGAAGUGUAUGAACGAACAUCUGAUAAUACGUAUCAACAUCUGGAACCUAUACAACAUACGAUUAAUAUGAAUGAUAGUCAUUAUCAAAAUAAUAAUAAUCAUUUUUCUAAUCAUCAUUUAGAUAUUAAUAAUAAUAAUAAUGUUUAUGAAUAUCCUGAUGAUAGUCUAUCUAAUCAACAAGUUCGUCCACUUUUAACCUAUCAUGUACAAGUUUUUCGUUUAUCAAUGAAUAACAACAGCAUCAGCCCGAUUAUCAAAACUUUAGAAAACCAUAAAGCUAAUGAAAAAAUGGCAGACUAUAAUUUCGAUAAUGAUACACCAAACAAUGAUAAUAAUAAUAGUGAUAAUGAUGAUGAUGAUGAUGAUGAACACUUUGAACAAUAUUCGCAUCAAAAAUCUGGACCAAAAAAAACAAAAAUUUCAACUACAUUGAAUCAACCUGAAACAAAGAAACAAAUUGCCUCAAUACAUAAUGCAGUUUCAAAUUCUCACAGUGAAUCACCAACAGAAAUGACAACAACAAAGACAACAAUAACAAACGAACCAUUACCGAUAAUGGAAACACUUAAUUUCACAAAUCCAUUGUUCAUCAUUACUAAUUUAACUUCAUCAACAUCGUAUUUAUUACGAAUAUGGUCAAGCAAACAACAUAUGGAUGAUUCAAUGAUUGAACAGGUAAACAUAACCGUUCGAACAAAACCGGAUGACGAUGUAUUCGAUCAUGAUCAUCAUCAACGCCAACAGCAUGAUAAUCAAUCACAAAUGAAUCAAAAAUCAAUGAAAAUUUUAGACAAUCUAUUAUCUUUGAUAUCAUUUGGACAUAAAGAUUUAUUUAUUAUCUUGAUCAUAUUGUUAAUAUUUAUAAUUGUCAUUUUUACUUAUGCAAUACGAAAAGUUUAUCAUCAUAAUUCUAAAGCCGGACGUGAUGUGAAUGAUAACUACAACGAUAUCAACGAAGGUGAUUAUAAUAAUAAUAAUAAUCAUCAUUGUUUAAAUGCUCAUCAUACAAAUGAAAAUGAACGUUCAUCACCAUUAUCAUCAUCGGCGAUUAAUGUAUUUGAAACUGCUUUAUGUGAAAUGCGUCCCGAAACACUUGAAAAUGAUUUGAAGUUUAAAAAUUUAACCACCCCAUCAUCUUCAUCAUCGGCAACGACAACAACAGCAGCGACAACAGGUGCAGCUCUAACUCUUACAAAUCCUUAUUCAGCAAUAUUGGAUACAUUUAAACCAUAUCAUAUGAAUAUGGAAAAUUUAUCCAAUGAUCAUCAAUCGCAUCAUACAGCUACUUCAUCAUCAGCUUUAAUCAUUAAAUGUGAUCUUCCAGAUUCAUCAAUAAUUACAUAUCAAAAUUAUUUAUUUCCAUUGACAACAUGUGAAUCAACAUCGGCUACAACGACAACAUCAACAACAACAACAACGAAUAGUAUAACGGAAGAUCUAACAAUGAUGACCGAUACCACAAACAAUAAUGGUGCAUAUAUUUCAAUCGAUUCUGCAAACGUCGUCAAUAAUGAAAAUAAUAAUGUUUUAGAUACGAUUGGCACAAAUGUUACGAAUAAUCAUAAUCAUAAUAAUAAUUCUCACUCAUAUCCAUACGAACAAACAAGCCAACAGUCUCAUACGGCAAAUUUUACUCGAAAUGAAUUUACAAUGAAUAUGAAUGAUCCAACAACAACAUUAUUGGAACAACAAAAUUACCAUCAUCUUCACGAUCUCAUCCAUAAUCAUCAUCAUCAUCGUCAUCACCGUAACAAUAGUAAUCAUCAUCAUUAUCCUCAUCAUGGACAUUCGGCAAUCGUCAAUGAUUCUAGAAUGAAUAAUAGUGGUGAUGAUAAUGUUGAUAGUGAAUCAUAUUUGUUAUCAAAUUCAUUUCAAUAUCCCUUGAGUGUUCGAAUCGUGCCAACUGAUAUUAAUGAUGCCAACAUUUCAAAUGCUACUUCGGUACAAGUUGCUACUGAAUCAACAACAGAUAUUUAUAAUUCGAAUUCACCGAAUAAUGACAAUAAUAAUAAUAAUAAUAAUAACAGCAAAACGAACAAGAUCCAUACAUUAGUAUGACAAACAAACCUGAUAUAAACUUGAAUGUAUUGAAUAAAGGCACCUCUAUGCACAUCAU